AUGCAGAACCCCUCAGAGAAUUUACUUGAAGCAGUAAGAAAAGCAGCUGAAAUCACUGAACUGAAAUUGAAGCUCUGUAUGUGUAUGAGGAUUCUAAAUGAGAUUGAGGCCUUGUGUAUGCAGUGGCAGACUGAGAUGAAAGUCAAACAACAAUUGAUAUUCACUGUGAAUCAAGCAUUUACUAUGAAGAGCCUCGCUGAUAUAAUCACCAUCAUCAAUAAGAAUAGAGAAAACCAGAUCUUAGGUCUGCAGCAGGAGAUUGAAUGUUUAUACAGACAGAUAACUACACUGAGCCUGAAGAUCUCACUACAAUUAUUCAUGACCUCUUCAGAAGUAUAUACAUCAUCAGAGACUGCUGUGCAGGAUGAGAAUCUGAGCAUGAAAUACAUUAAGCUGAGAGAUCUGCUGAAGUUAUCAAGCUUUGAUAGUGACUGA